CAGCUCGGCUGCCAGCGGAGCGGAUCCGGGCAGAGCAUCCUGCGCCCCGGCGCGGGGCCCAGCGGCAGCCCCGGGCCCCUGCCCUGGACCGGCUGCAGACCCAGAAUACAGAAACCGCAGCCAUGACCACCCACGUCACCCUGGAAGAUGCCCUGUCCAACGUGGACCUGCUCGAAGAGCUGCCCCUCCCGGACCAGCAGCCAUGCAUCGAGCCUCCGCCUUCAUCCAUCAUGUACCAGGCUAACUUUGACACGAACUUCGAGGACAGGAAUGCAUUUGUCACAGGCAUUGCAAGGUACAUUGAGCAGGCAACGGUCCACUCCAGCAUGAAUGAAAUGCUGGAGGAAGGACAUGAGUAUGCGGUCAUGCUGUACACCUGGCGCAGCUGUUCCCGCGCCAUCCCCCAGGUGAAAUGUAACGAGCAGCCCAACCGAGUGGAGAUCUAUGAGAAGACGGUGGAGGUGCUGGAGCCGGAGGUCACCAAACUCAUGAAGUUCAUGUACUUUCAGCGCAAAGCCAUCGAGCGGUUCUGCAGUGAGGUCAAACGGCUGUGCCAUGCCGAGCGGAGGAAGGACUUUGUCUCCGAGGCCUACCUCUUGACGUUGGGCAAGUUCAUCAACAUGUUCGCUGUCUUGGAUGAGCUGAAGAACAUGAAGUGCAGUGUCAAGAACGACCACUCUGCCUACAAGAGGGCAGCCCAGUUCCUGAGGAAGAUGGCGGACCCUCAGUCCAUCCAGGAGUCACAGAACCUGUCCAUGUUCCUGGCCAACCACAACAGGAUCACCCAGUGUCUCCACCAGCAACUGGAAGUGAUCCCCGGCUACGAGGAGCUGCUGGCUGACAUUGUCAACAUCUGCGUGGAUUACUAUGAGAACAAGAUGUACCUGACCCCCAGCGAGAAACACAUGCUUCUCAAGGUGAUGGGCUUUGGCCUCUACCUGAUGGAUGGAAAUGUCAGUAACAUUUACAAACUGGAUGCCAAGAAGAGAAUCAACCUUAGCAAAAUUGAUAAGUUCUUUAAGCAGCUGCAGGUGGUUCCCCUUUUCGGCGACAUGCAGAUAGAGCUGGCCAGAUACAUUAAGACCAGUGCUCACUAUGAAGAGAACAAGUCCAAGUGGACGUGCACCCAGAGCAGCAUCAGCCCCCAGUACAACAUCUGCGAGCAGAUGGUGCAGAUCCGGGAUGACCACAUCCGCUUCAUCUCGGAACUCGCUCGCUACAGCAACAGCGAGGUGGUGACAGGCUCGGGGCUGGACAGCCAGAAGUCAGAUGAGGAGUACCGCGAGCUCUUCGACCUGGCCCUGCGGGGCCUGCAGCUGUUAUCCAAGUGGAGCGCCCACGUCAUGGAGGUGUACUCCUGGAAGCUGGUUCACCCCACAGACAAGUUCUGCAAUAAGGACUGCCCUGGCACGGCGGAGGAGUACGAGAGAGCCACGCGCUACAAUUACACCAGCGAGGAAAAGUUUGCCUUCGUUGAGGUGAUCGCCAUGAUCAAAGGCCUGCAGGUGCUCAUGGGUAGGAUGGAGAGCGUGUUCAACCAGGCCAUCAGGAACACCAUCUACGCCGCCCUUCAGGACUUUGCCCAGGUGACACUGCGUGAGCCGCUGAGGCAGGCAGUGCGGAAGAAGAAGAAUGUCCUCAUCAGUGUCCUGCAGGCAAUUCGGAAAACCAUCUGUGACUGGGAGGGAGGCCGAGAGCCCCCCAAUGACCCAUGCUUGAGAGGGGAGAAGGACCCUAAGGGCGGAUUUGACAUCAAGGUGCCCCGGCGCGCCGUGGGGCCUUCCAGCACCCAGGCCUGCCAGUGGUCCCCGAGGGCUUUGUUUCACCCCACUGGUGGCACACAGGGCCGAAGAGGCUGCCGAUCCCUGCUGUACAUGGUGCGGACCAUGCUCGAGUCCCUCAUCGCAGACAAAAGUGGCUCCAAGAAGACCCUGAGAAGCAGCCUUGAUGGGCCCAUUGUCCUCGCCAUAGAGGACUUCCACAAACAGUCCUUCUUCUUUACACAUCUGCUCAACAUUAGUGAAGCCCUGCAGCAGUGUUGCGACCUGUCCCAGCUCUGGUUCCGAGAAUUCUUCCUGGAAUUAACUAUGGGCCGACGAAUCCAGUUCCCCAUUGAGAUGUCCAUGCCCUGGAUCCUAACCGACCAUAUCCUUGAAACCAAAGAACCUUCCAUGAUGGAGUACGUGCUCUACCCUUUGGACCUGUACAAUGACAGUGCCUACUAUGCGCUGACCAAGUUUAAAAAGCAGUUCCUGUACGAUGAGAUUGAAGCUGAGGUGAACCUGUGUUUUGAUCAGUUUGUCUACAAGCUGGCAGACCAGAUCUUUGCUUACUACAAAGCCAUGGCCGGCAGUGUCCUGUUGGACAAACGUUUUAGAGCUGAAUGUAAGAACUAUGGAGUCAUCAUUCCAUACCCACCGUCCAACCGCUAUGAAACGCUGUUGAAACAGAGACAUGUCCAGCUGUUGGGUAGAUCGAUCGACUUGAACAGACUCAUCACCCAGCGCAUUUCUGCCGCCAUGUACAAAUCCCUGGACCAGGCCAUUAGCCGCUUUGAGAGUGAGGAUCUGACCUCCAUUGUGGAGCUGGAGUGGCUAUUGGAGAUUAACCGGCUCACGCAUCGACUACUCUGUAAGCACAUGACCCUGGACAGCUUCGACGCCAUGUUCCGGGAGGCCAAUCACAAUGUUUCAGCCCCCUACGGCCGCAUCACCCUGCAUGUCUUCUGGGAGCUAAACUUCGACUUUCUCCCAAAUUACUGCUAUAAUGGAUCCACAAACCGUUUUGUCCGAACUGCCAUUCCUUUCACUCAAGAACCACAACGAGAUAAACCCGCCAAUGUCCAGCCUUAUUACCUCUAUGGAUCCAAGCCUCUCAACAUUGCCUACAGCCACAUCUACAGCUCCUACAGGAACUUCGUGGGGCCCCCUCACUUUAAGACAAUCUGCAGACUCCUGGGUUACCAGGGCAUUGCGGUGGUCAUGGAAGAACUGCUGAAGAUUGUCAAGAGCUUGCUCCAGGGAACCAUCCUCCAGUACGUGAAGACGCUGAUAGAGGUGAUGCCCAAGAUAUGUCGCUUACCACGGCAUGAAUAUGGCUCCCCAGGGAUCCUGGAGUUCUUCCACCACCAGCUGAAGGACAUCAUUGAGUAUGCUGAGCUCAAAACAGAUGUGUUCCAGAGCCUGAGGGAAGUGGGCAAUGCCAUCCUGUUCUGCCUCCUCAUAGAGCAAGCUCUGUCUCAGGAAGAAGUCUGUGAUUUGCUACACGCUGCACCCUUCCAAAAUAUCCUGCCUAGAGUCUACAUCAAAGAGGGGGAGCGCCUGGAGGUCCGGAUGAAGCGCCUUGAAGCCAAGUAUGCCCCACUACACCUGGUCCCUCUGAUAGAGCGGCUGGGCACCCCUCAGCAAAUCGCCAUUGCACGAGAGGGUGACCUGCUGACCAAAGAGCGGCUGUGCUGUGGCCUGUCCAUGUUCGAGGUCAUCCUGACCCGCAUUCGGAGCUACCUGCAGGACCCCAUCUGGCGGGGCCCGCCACCUACCAAUGGCGUCAUGCACGUGGAUGAAUGUGUGGAGUUCCACCGGCUGUGGAGUGCCAUGCAGUUUGUCUACUGCAUCCCUGUAGGGACCAACGAGUUCACAGCUGAGCAGUGUUUCGGUGAUGGCUUGAACUGGGCUGGCUGCUCCAUCAUCGUCCUGCUGGGCCAACAGCGUCGCUUCGACCUGUUUGACUUCUGUUACCACCUGCUAAAAGUACAGAGGCAGGAUGGGAAGGAUGAAAUCAUAAAGAAUGUGCCCCUGAAGAAGAUGGCUGACAGGAUCAGAAAGUACCAAAUCUUGAACAAUGAAGUUUUUGCCAUCCUAAAUAAGUACAUGAAGUCUGUAGAAACAGACAGUUCCACUGUGGAGCAUGUGCGCUGCUUCCAGCCACCCAUCCACCAGUCAUUGGCCACUACUUGCUAGGCAGAAGAUCCUGAAGACCCUGAGUCUAGAGGAGGUGGAGAAGCAGGAGGGAGAGCACCGUGGCCAGCCUGUGACAGGACCCGACUGGACAGCAUGUGGGAUGGACAUGGAAGCAAACAAGAACCUCCCCAAACACAUUACACCACUCCCAAAUGGCUGGGCCUGUGCAUGUUCUCCAUGACAUCUCCAUGGUGGUUUUUCCAUUGUGUACAUGAAAAAAAAGAAAGAAAAAGAAAAAAGAAACAGGGCAGUGUGUGCUUUUAUUUUUCUUUCUCAAAUGUAAAAUUUCCUAGUUUCACUUUUCUUCAUCCCAUAGUCUACUCAUCCGUGGUUGCAUCCCAAGAACCAGUGUGGCCAGGCUCAGGGAUAUUAGCCUGUCCGGAAAAGUAUGCCUCACCUUAGUGACUCUUUCAUUGCCUCUGAUGCUCUGCCUCCGGUUCCUCUAGUGGCAUCUCCUCCUGUCCUGAAUUUCAGGGAUUCUGCCACCAAAAUCAAGCACUGAGAGCCAUUGUGGAUACAGGAAGAGGUUCUUGGUAUUGGCACCAUGAUAGAGGGUAUUGACUCUGACCUUUCAUAGACUCCCCAAAACCCCAUCUUAACUUCUCUCUCAGAGCAGUUCUAGAGAGAAGUCAGAAAUGCUUUCACAGCUGUAUCCCACUGAGUGGAACUGGGGGAGGAAGGUGGUCAGGCCCACUGAUUAGGGGUAUUUAUGAACAGGAAUUCCAUAGCCUCAGACAGAAAGCUUUUGGAUCACUUCAUCAGCCUGAUGGUGAGAUGAUUCCUCUAUUCCUUAAAUACUUAACACUGGGCCACAUAGUGUAUAUAGCUCUGAACAAAUAGACCAUGGCUCUGCCCAUGACUUUAGCCAGCAACCAAACAAGGGACCACUUCUUAGCACAGAAUCUUUCAUCAAGGAAAACUCCCUCCCACAAGAAAGUAUCAAGGGAUUAUUUCAACUGAGGCCAGAAACAUUUUGGGACAGGGAGAUCAGAAGCAAAAAAUAACUUUGUCAAUGAGCUUUUAAUACCAAGAUUAAACCCUAAAAGUGAAAUCCUGCUUUUAGUGAAUCAGAACUUUCAUUGUCCUAGUUGCUAAAAGAUUUUUGGAACAUUUUAAUUUUUUGUUCACAACUUUCUGUUCUCUUUAUGUCACUUAAGUUAGAUUUUGGGUGGGUUUUCUCACAGAGGUAUAUUUAUUCCAUUUUUCAAACAGAACCAAAAGUCUUCUGCAGAAUCUCCCAAGAAUAGGGUGUGGGGGUGCUAGUGGUUGUAUUUAGAAGGACGGUAUGCUCUGGGAUAAAAAUGUCUCAUUACAGAGCAUAUCAUCUUCAAAGGGAGUCUGGCCCGAGCUUCUAAGAACCUAUAAAGUGUGAUAUUUGUUAUUUCUCCAGCCCAGAGGAGAAAAGAAAAGUGAGAAAAUAAUAAUCCCUUCCCACAGGGCAGAUGAAUGGAAAUAGUUGCCAUUAGUCAGACAACCCUGUUUUUAACGCCAUGGAAAGACCAACGGAAGUGUCCAUAGCAAGAGGUUUGUAUACACACUCAUGUCUUCCAGUGAGGAAAGUUGGGGCCAAAUAUGGUCCAAACGCCAUUUAUGUCAGAUCUUAAGAUUAGCAUAUUUGGGUGCAAAUUCCUGGACCCCCACCUCAAACCUACUAAUUCUGAAUCUCUGGGAGUAGGGCCAGGAAAUUUGCAUUUCUCACAAGCUAUGUAAGUUAUUGUGUUGCACUUCGGAGUUUGAGAAUUACUGCUAUAAAGGAAUCAUUCUACUAACCUGGGGCUACCUCUAAGCCAAGAAAGGAGAUAUUUGUAAGGAAGGAAGGUGUUUCACAGUGGAAGCUGGCAGAUGUUCUGCCUGAAACUAGUACUGAUUUCUCAUUUUUUUCUUCUUGAUGACCAUAGGUAUGUUUCAGAGGCAAAGGAGAGAGGUUAUACAACAUGACAGAACUACCUGGUGAAACAUGCCUUGAAAACCUACAUAAAAUAUCUAAGCUCUAGAACCUUCCAGAUCUUCAAUCCUGUCUGGGUGUGGUAGCUGGUGUUCUCAAAUAGACAAUUAGCUAUUAAGUUCUAGAGUUUGUUCAAGUCCUUGACCAUUUCUUUGUGGAGAUCAGAAUCAUUCAUUGGAGGAAAUUGCUGUUUCAACAAACUGCCCCCACCUAUACUCUGUAUUUAUAGCCCCAAAUUUGACCCUCUGGGCAGAGUCACAUUAUCCUCAAGAGACUUUUUCCCACUAAAUUGAGGUCUUCGUUUUCAGGAAAGAUUAUAUUUCCCUAGCUCGCCAGCGGCACUUAUGUGUGAACACCAAAUAAGUUUAAUAUUCUUUCCUUGGUAUCACUGCCCCUGCCCCUACCUUUUAAUUUUUUUGUCUGUCUAAGAACCAGGAAAAAAAAAAAUCUUAGGUUUUAAAAAGUUUUAAAAAUUCUGUUUCAGAAACUGUCAAAUGUAUCAUAUUUGUAUUAAGAGUUGUUGGGAAUUUUUGUACAAUGAAUUUACAUUUAUUUAUGGUGACAUAUUUACGCUUGUGAUCAAAUAAUAAUGUUAAAUUCUAAAAAUCAUAUUUGCUAUGCAGCCGAAGAUGAUAUUUUGAUUUGUAUUUUGGGGGUACCUGUGUUGAGUUGAUAAGCAUUUCCAUCUCCAUUAAAACUGCUUCCAAAUUAGAGAACCAC